GACUUUGAAGGACAGAAACUAUCAGAGAAGCUAUAUCAAUAUAUAAUCAUCUUGUUUGGUAUCAUAGGAUGGAUUGCAGGAUUCAUUAAACAAAGCUUUCAGAUCACCUUUUACUUUGUUGUAGCUGGUACCCUAAUAGCAUUGAUUGUAUGU